AUGGAAAGAGCCAAUUUGAGCAGGUUCAUUCUAGAGGUCGGAGAAAUGAAUCGUCAAAAGUUUUGCAACCUUGUUUUCAGGGUAUCUGUACUUCUCUCAGCACCACCAAAGCCCAAAUCAGCGAGUUGUUCUCUUUUCUGCUCAUCGACUCCGACAAUCUGAAACGGUGUGAUUUGACCGUCAAUGCGCUUCUCGACAAUUCGUUCAUAUCAAGGGACGGAGAGCUGCUGAGCCCAACGCAGCUCGGCCGAGCUGCCAUAGCUUCUUCUCUUCCCCCAGAAGCUGCGCUCGCCAUUUUCGAUGAUCUGAAUCUCGCGAGUCGGGCGAUCGCUUUGGAUACGGAACUUCAUAUGCUUUACUUGGUGCCAAGUUUAAUACCUUUCCACAGAAAUAACCUGAAGUAUUGCAGGUAACGCCUAUAAAUGUGAGCGUGUGGCAGGAGUGUGACUGGCAUCAUUUGUUCGCUCUCUUCUCCAAACUGCCUCCUGAUCAUCGAAGGAUAGCGAAGCUCGUUGGAGCCAGUGAAAAGUUCAUUCUGGAGCAGAUACAAGGGCGCCGAGACGAUGGACAGCUCCAGGUGCACACCCGAUUCUUCUCGGCUCUCGCGCUCUUCGAUUUGAUCAACGAAGUUCCCAUCUACGAGGUUGGAAUGUGUCAAACUAAUUGAAACAUCAAUUGGUUCAGGUAUCGCACAAGUACCGAAUUUCUCGCGGAUGUCUCCAAACCCUCCAAUCGCAGAGCGCCACUUAUUCAGGUUAGAACGAAUCGUUUCGGGUUCCGAAAGAAGGCGUCAUAUGUCCGAAAGCCACGGGGUCAGCACUGAUUGCCUCAGUUUAUCCGUUUGCAGCGAUGAUUGUGGCGUUCUGUCUCCGAUUGGGAUGGACGUAUCUGAAGGCGUUACUCGACGGAUUCGCGAUGAGAUUGAUGUUUGGCAUUCGAUCGGAGCUCUCGGAAUUGGUGGCGAUCGAAGGGAUCGAUGGACAGCGGUGUGGUGACGAGAUUACUGUAGACUCAACUAGUCGGGUGUUGCAGAGCUCGAAUCCUGCACGAAAAGGGAAUAACGUGUCUGUCGCACCUUUCCGCGUGCGAACCAUCCAAACUUGCUCACUUCCUAACACUCGCAGUUCCUUAUUCUAGGUAAGAAAAAACGAAAAACAGAGUGUGAUCGGCGGAUUACUGUAGCGGGGAGUGUGUUGCCGUUUCUGUCCCCCUUCUCCUUCUCCUCACACAAAUUGAGCCAAUUUGUGAACUGCGUUUUGUGUUGAUUAGGCAAAAGAUGAGGAGAGGAAGAAGAAGAAGACGACGACGAUGAUGAUGAUGGGGCAAACAUACACAAACUGACUGACUGAAGGCCUUUCUCAAUGCUCCACGGGGACGAAUUCUGACCUCGAAUUGGAAACAAUAGGAGGGGGAGGCGAGAAUGCGCCAAAUUUGAGACACAAUGGACCAUGAAGACAAUAUGUGAUCGGAUGAACGGCAGUAAUUGGUUUUGACGCCUUCCGGGAGUCGAUUAGACCGAUUAAGAAGUAAUGGAGAGAAACAACUGAUAGUAGGAAAUGACCCUCGGAAGGCUGUCAAUAGGCAUGUCCUCAUUAUCGUCCGUUCCUUCGACUCAUUAGCACGUGGCAUCAUCAUCUACCACCUCGUCUCCUUCCCAUACUAUCACAAUCCGGAUGGUAUUGCAUUGUUACGUCAUGACAGUUCACUGACUCUCAUGUUUUGUCAACACCAAUUAUGACGCCAUUCCACCAGAAAGCACCUGCUUCUUCUCUUUCGUUGCAGCUCGAAUUCGAACGAUGGACUUGGCGAAUGGUUGUUCGGGGAGCCACGUAUGCGUGUCGAGGUGGCAGCCAUGAUUCUGAAGGAACGGGCGAGAAUAGUCCUGCAAAGAAGAAUUCUGGAGCUCGGAAUCCACGUCGAACUUCCGAAGCACGAAGAGCAAGAGAGUUGUGAUAGUGGACUUCCGGACAGUUGCACGGAUUCAGAGAUGGCUGAGCAGGAAGAGGACUUGAGGACCGUGGAGGAGAUGACGAAAAGUGUUACGGAGGUAUUCAUCAGGUAAUUAGAUUUUAAAAUAAAGUUGUUUGAUUUCAGAUGUCUCUUGUGGAUACUUCGAGUGAUGAGGAAGAUAAAGUGAAACGGAAAGAGACGUGUACACCCGUAAAGAUGGAAGAGGGCGACAACGACGUAGAAGUCGAGGAGACGGUGAUCGAAUGUCUCGAGACUUCACUUUUGAGACUGAAAGCAUCGAAAGACGAGGUUUUUCUACGCAGACUCUCUCAGACAUUCUCUCCAGCCCGCAGAAGAAGGAGUAUUCUGAACGACUCCCUCUGUGAAGACUCUUUCGAUCGUCCCGUUCCCGGGUCGAUCCCCAUCUCAUUCAAAACACCUCUGCGGAACCAUGCAGCCACGUCAUCUCCAAUGGGAAGCUCUCCGUAUUUCGAAGAUUCUUUUGAUCGUCCCGUCCCUGGAUCUAUGCCUCUUUCUGCAUUGAAGUCAAAAAGACAGUCCUUUCUGAAAACCGAAUCAGUCAGCUCUCUCAAUUCUUCCAUUGGUACGUGAAUUUUUAUUAAAAAACAUUAUUUUCCCCCAAUUCAAUCAUUUUCAGUCUCUGAAAAUAAGUCGUUCGAUGUAUUUGCGACGCCGCCGAUAAAAGAGGAAAAUGCGAGAACCGCGAUAAAACACGGGCGAAUCACUGAUUACAUAGACUCUCCUUUGUCCGCUUUCACGUUUUCUCCGAUUCUGAAACAUGCGAAGUUGGAUCCAAAUCGGCUCUGGCUUGAAGACGUAUGCUAUGACGUGGCGUCUUGGAAAAACUGGAUCCAAUCGGCAGUGUCCGCAGCUAGCUGUUCAGUCAGUGUGCACAAAAACGGGGUCGCUGUGAGCACUGGCAUCAGGACGGCCUUCAUUCCACUAAUAAAAGAGUUCGGCGGAGGUACUCAGAAUCAGUAUCUUCAAACUAACAAAAAACGUCGAAAUUUCAGUCGCGAGCCCGAAUCCAUCAAUGUUCGCAACCCUCGGAAGAUGCGUGAUUCCUUUGGAAAGUCGUCUGCAAAGCCUAAGACUGUUGAUGCAGUCCGUGGAAACGUUUGUAAUGUCCAUGGAAGACGCCUUCUACUUGUUCGAUGAAUAUUCUCUUCAGGUACAGAAACCGCACGGGCCGGCAAAGUAUACAGGGGACUGGAAAUUGUGAAGCUGUAACUUCCCACAUAAACCUUACAUUUACCUCUAACCUGACUCAUUUUGAAGAACACAGUAAAAUUUAACUUUCAUAAAAAAAAAUCAGAGGUCUCCAUGUUCGAUUUCUGGAGAUACAUUUUUAAAAAACGAUAGUCCCAUGUAUGAAAAGCCGGUCCGUGGAAACUGAUUUUAAUCUGAUAACAUUUAGAUUGCUCGGAUAAAAGUUAUCAAGGUUGAAGCUCACCUGAAUCAUUUGAUCGAAUGCGAAAAACAGGACAAUAGUGACUGGUUCCCGAUGCUUCUCAAACAUGUCCCUCCAGAGAUUCAAACAGCCUACGCAGUCUCGCAAAACGAGCACAAAACGGUCAUCGAAGCAUUCGCGAUGAAGAGAAUCUUCGAGAGCCUUCAACACUCCGCAAUCCUCUGUUCUUCCAAGGAGAGUGUCCGUCUGGAAAUGUCUACCUGCCAGACUGUUCUCAAUAUGUUUUACGCGGGAAUUUCGUUCGAUCAGUCUGGCUGCUCAUCUUUUGUCAAGACCAUUCGAAACAAACUUGAAUGUUUGGAAGAAGAGAUUUGGAGGUUUUCUCACGGAAAGUUCAACUUGGAUUCCCCAUACGAAGUCUCGAAUGUUCUCUUCCAUCGUCUUGGUCUUGUUUAUCCGGAGACGUCCGCUUGCAAGACAAAACAACGACAUUUUCCGACUAAUAAAGCGAUUCUGGAGCAAUUGACAGAACAACACGUGGUGGUCGGAAAGAUUCUGGAGUACCGUCAUAUUCAGCAUACUCUCACACAAUGUCUCCUUCCACUCGAAAAGUGCAAACAACGAAUUCAUUGCUGGUUUGAAAUGUGCACAAUGACUGGAAGAAUAAUGACGAUCAGGCCUAAUUUGCAAGUGAGAUUAAUAAAAUUUCAUUAUCGAAACGGAGCUGUGAACUGUUUCAGAAUGUGCCAAAAAGAGUGUCCUCCGAAGGAAUGUCCGCCCGUCAGUUGUUCAUUACCAGUCCUGGAACGCUAUUUAUCGGCGCCGAUUACAAACAACUUGAGCUACGAGUUCUAGCGCAUCUCAGCCAAGAUCCGAUUCUCUGUGACCUGAUAGCUCAGGAUCGGGACUUGUUCGGAGAGCUCGCCACCGAAUGGAAGUUCCCGCGGGACGCCGUCAAGCAGCUCUGCUACGGGCUCAUUUAUGGAAUGGGAGCCAAAAGUUUGGCAGAGUUGACCAAGAUGAAAGUGGAAGAAGCAGAAAAGAUGCUCAAGACGUUCUUCUCAAUGUUUCCUAGUUGGUUUUCUAUACGAGUUUUGUAGAUAAAUUUUGAAAUUCAGAAGUGAGAUCUUACAUAAACGAAACUAAGGAGAAGGCGGCGAAAGAAGAGCACGUGGCGACAAUCCUGGGGCGGAAAAAAAUGAUAAAAAUGAGUGUAAUUGGAGAAGAGAAAGCGAGAAUGGAACGGGUCGCAGUCAACUACACCAUUCAGGGAUCUGCCAGCGAGAUAUUCAAGACGGCAAUGAUUGAAAUUGAAAAGAAAAUUAAAGGUUUGGGAAACCGAAUAUAAAGCUUCAGCAUUUUCCAAAUUUUCAGAAUAUAACUCUCAAAUCGUUCUAACAAUUCACGAUGAAGUUCUAGUCGAAAGUCCUAUUGGCCACGUGGCAACUGUCUCCGACAUUGUCCGUGAUUGCAUGCAAUGCUCACUUGCUCACUUGUUACGGGUUCCGAUGAGGGUGUCUCUGAAGACCGGUCCAUCAUGGGCGGGAUUGAAAUAA